CGGAGAGCGUCCUCCUUCCGACUCCUCCGCCCCCUCCAACCCCUUCGAAGCCUACGACGAAUCGAAAGGAAUGUACACGCUGGUUAAGGAGCGCGGCGACGGCGUGAUCUACCCGAACUACCUCGACGAGGAAACGGUCCGUUUGGGUCUGGAAGCCGGGCGUCUGUUCAAAGCGACGUUCCACGCCAACGUGGACAACAUCCGCGAAGGCCACGUGACGCUGCACAUGAACGACUCGGAGGUGAGCGUGCUGCUGUCGGGACGGCUGGACAUCAACCGCGCGGUGGACGGAGAUCAAGUCAUCGUGGAACUGUAUCCCAAGGCGCAGUGGAAGGCCGAGUCGGAGUACCUCGUGAACAACGACAAUCCCGAAGAAGAGCAGAAAGACAAUGACGACGAAGAAAAAGAAAAAGAAAGCAACAAAAGCAGCGGGAAAACCGAAUCGACCAGCUCCAGAACCGCGGAAAAAGUCACCACGGGACGCGUGGUGGCGAUCGCGAGGCGCAAUUGGAAGCAAUAUUGCGGCUCCAUCGAGCCGAUCGCGGAGGGCACCAUCAACAGCUACUACCUCUUCGACCCGGUAAACCGGCGUAUCCCGAAGAUCCGGAUCAAAACGAAUCAAUACGCGGCGCUGGUCAACCAGCGUAUCGUCGUGGCGAUCAACGAUUGGCCGACGACGUCUUCCUACCCGAUCGGCCACUACAUGAAAACGCUCGGCGUGAUCGGCGAUCGCGAAGUGGAGACGCAGGUGCUGCUUCUCGAGCACUCCAUUCCGCCCAACGUCUUCUCGAAGGAGGUUCUCGACUGUCUGCCCCCCGCGGAUUGGCACAUCACCGAGCAGAACGCGCGCGGACGGCUGGAUCUCCGCGGGAAAGUGUGCAUUGUGUCGAUCGACCCGCCGGGGUGCAAGGACAUCGACGACGCGCUCCACGCGCGCGAGCUGCCCAACGGAAACGUGGAAGUGGGGAUCCACAUCGCGGACGUGACGUACUACAUGAAGCACAACUCCGCGCUGGAUCUCGAGGCGCGCAACCGGUCGACGUCGACGUAUCUGGUGGACCGUCGCUUGGACAUGCUUCCGAAGCUUCUCACGGAGAAUCUGUGCUCGCUGGUGGCGGACCAGGACCGCUUCGCGUUCUCGGUGAUCGCGGAGAUGACGAAGCAGGGCGAGGUGGUGCAGACGCAGUUCAAGAAGACGAUUAUCCGCUCGAAAGCCGCGCUCACCUACCAGCAAGCGCAGAAUUACCUCGAUUCCCGCGACGACCGCUCCGAGAUCGGCCGCAGCGUGCAUCUCCUCUUCGACCUUUCAAAGCGUCUCAAAGCCCAGCGCAUCAGCGCCGGCGCGCUGACGCUGGCUUCGCCGGAAGUUCGCUUCGAAAUGGACAGCGAGACGAACGAUCCGCUCUCCAUGGACAGCUACAAAUUGAAGGACACCAACAGCCUCGUCGAGGAGUUUAUGCUCCUCGCCAACACCCUCGUCGCAAAGCGGAUCACCGAGGCCUUCCCGAAAACCGCGGUUCUGCGAAGACACCCCAUCCCCGACAUGUUUCCACGUUUCUCCCUUCUGAUCGUAGAAAGCGCUUCGACCAUCUCAUCCGCGUCGCGCAGCGCGCCGGCGUAUUUUCUGGUUUCCCCCAACAAGCAGCUCGCGGAUUCGCUGGACAAGGCGGUGCUCCCCGCGGAACCGCUCUUCAACAAGCUGCUGCGCAUCCUGACGACGCGGUGCAUGACGCAGGCGGUGUACUUCCCCGCGGGGGAGGUUCCUCCCGCGCAGUUCUACCACUACGGCCUGGCGGCGUCGAUCUACACGCACUUCACGUCGCCGAUCCGGCGGUACGCGGACGACGUGGUGCACCGACUGCUGGCGGCGGCGGAGGGAAUCAUGCCGCUGCCGGAGGAGUACCGAGAGAAGGAGUUCAUGGGCGGAAUGACGGAGACGAUGAAUAUGCGGCACUACAACGCGCAGAUCGCGGGGAGAGAGUCGGUGGAGCUGUUCACGGUGAUCUUCUUCUCGAAGCGGAAGGAGAAGGCGGCGGGGCUGGUGAUGGGGUGCAAGAAGAACGGGAUUAAGGUGUGGGUGCCGCAGUACGGACUCGAGGGAACCAUCUUCAUCAACCACACCAACAAGAAGAACGCGCUCAACGAAAACUACACCAGCGAUUUCGACUUCGAUCCCGAGACCGGCGUGCUCACCAACCAGCACGAUCCCACCGACACCAUCGAGACCUUCCAGCCGAUAACCGUGGGAAUCCACGUCCAGGAAAUGAAGGGAUUCCGCAGAGAGCUGAUUCUGUCCCUGCUCUCGUCCAGUGCUUUUAGAGGAGAGAAGAACGACUCCGCCGAGGCUCCGGCAGCUAAGAAAGGGGAAACCAAGAGGGAAACCGGGGAAACCAAGGGGGAAACCAAGAGGGAGAAGAAGGAAAAGUCGGUUAAGAAAGCGAGUGUGGAGGCGAAGAAGGCUGCUCACUCUUCCAUUUAGACGUAGUCAAGUUGUAGUCGUAGUCGUAGAUAUU